ACAUACAUAUAUACCAACUGCGGACCACCUUUUCAAAAAAUUUCGGCGUCGUUCGCUCAUCGUGUCGCAGUUCUUAUUAAAGUUAAAUCCGCAUUUACCGAAUAAUGGACGCUCCGCCAGAGGGAAACGUGGACACAGAGUCCUGCAAUGAGGUCGAUGAAGAGAAGUCUGGCUCCGACUGCCAGUCGAUGCCCGCGUACAUGAGCUCUGUGUUGCGGCGUCAGUACUUGCAGGAAAUGGUGAAGGCACUGCCCGCCCCGAUUCAAAACAGAAUUGUUUUUCUGAAGAAUCUGCAAUUGGAGCACCUGAAAAUCGAGGCCGAGUUCUUUGAAGAGGUGUACAAGCUGGAGCAGAAGUACCAGCUCAAAUAUCAGCCGCUGUUCGACAAGCGCAAGGAGAUCGUCGAGGGCACGGUGGACCCUCCAACGGAGAAGCCCAACUGGAAGGAGCCGGAGCAUCCGACCGACAACGAGGCCGACAUCGAGCCCUUCCUUGAGUCUCUCAAGACUUUCAAAAGUAUUCCACAGGACGCCAAGGGCAUCCCCGGCUUCUGGCUAACCGUUUUCCGCAACACGGCGAUCCUCUCUGAGAUGGUUCAACCUCAUGACGAGCCAGUUAUGCGCAAGCUGUCCGAUAUAUCCAUUAAAUACGUUGAUGGGCAUUCGUACACCCUGGAGUUCCAUUUCGAUAAGAAUGAGUACUUCACAAACUCGGUCCUAACGAAACAGUACGUCCUGAAGUCGACUGUUGAUCCCGACGAUCCGUUUGCCUUCGAAGGGCCCGAGAUUUACAAGUGCACGGGCUGCAACAUCAACUGGGAAAAGAAGAUGAACCUGACGGUGAAGACCAUCAGGAAGAAGCAGAAGCAUAAGGAGCGCGGCGCUGUGCGCACCAUUGUCAAGCAGGUUCCAACUGAUUCUUUCUUCAAUUUCUUCAAUCCCCCGGAGGUUCCAACCGACAAAGAGGAAAUCGAUGAUGAAUCUCAGCAGAUAUUGGCCACCGAUUUCGAAAUUGGUCACUUCUUGCGUGCCAGAAUUAUUCCAAAAGCAGUGCUUUACUUCACUGGCGAUAUUGUUGAUGAUGAGGAUGAUGAAGAUGAGGAGGAGUAUGACGAGAACGAAGAGGAUGAGUAUGACGAGGAUGACGUUCCGCCAGCAAAGGGUCAGAACAAAGGACCCGGCGGCAACAAGAAGCAGUCGCCCAAUGACUGCCCCAAUCAGUAGGCUUAUGCAUGAAUACAUGGCUGGUGUUUACCGAUAAAGUGUAUAUAAUAUAUAAUUCAAAUUUGA